CGAAGAAGAAAAGGGGAGAGAUAUUCAUCUUUACCAUGUCCUUUGCCUCCGAAGAAAAAAAGAAAGAGCUAUUCAAGGAUGCAUCCAUUGACUGAAAAAGAUAAAGCUAUAGCUCUUCAGAGAGCAAUUGCUUUCAAAUCUGAAAAGCCUCACUUCAAAGUUGCCAUGCAGCCCUCCUACAUAUUCGGCAAUUUGGUUUUGCCGGCGGGGUUUGCCAAGAGACAUCUUAUGCAUCAGCCUCAUGGUAAUGCCAUCCUUCGUCUUCCUGACGGAGGAACUUGGUGUGUUAAACUCAAAUUAUAUAAACAACAGAAAGUACGAUUCAAGCGUGGUUGGUUGGAAUUUGUAAGGGACAAUAAUUUGAAAACUGGAGAUGUGUGUGUGUUUAUCUUGAUUAAGGGCAUUGAACUUGCAUUUGAAGUUGUCUUUUACCGGGGUACAGAAGCUGCAAACUGCUCCUUGUCUCCAGGCGGCCAUGCCAAAGGAGCUAGAGCUAUGGAUCAGGGAAAGUGGGAAAUUGGCACGUCUAGCUCUCACGAUCCUUAUGCUGGAAAAGAAUGCAGUGGAGGCUUGAAUUUGGAAACUGGUUAUGAAGACCAUGAUGAUAAAUCUGUCGAAAUCUUGGAUGAUCUGUGCCCGAGAAAAUCAAGGGAUAUAUCACUGGUAAUGCCCAAGUUGGAAGAAACUGAUAAACAUGAUGAUCAUUCUAAUGAUGAUAUUAGUAGAGAUUCUGAUGAAGUACAAGACGAUCCAACAAUACCUGAGGAGGAAGAAACAGAUUAUGAAGAUGAUGACUCGGUCGAAAUCUUGGACGACUUUUCACCCUGCCCAAGAAAAACAAGGGAGAAAUCUCCAUUACCAUUUCUACACAAGAAAAUGAGAACAUGUUCGAGUAGUAAAGCAGCGGAAUGCAACACCAACUUCCCAGCAACAAAGACUCAACCUUUUGAAAUCAAGAAGUCAUUCAGAAGCAGAGGCUCAUAUUGCUCUAAAUCAGAAGUGAAAAGAGAACAUGAUUUUUCCACAAUGAAAGAAGUUGGAGGCUUGUCUAGCAGUCAAAUAUUCCAAAAACGAACACCUGAUGUUCUUGGGAGGGAACAUUCAUUGACCAAAAGCGAAAAAGCUCUGGCUCUUCAGAGAGCCAAUGCUUUCAAAUCUGAAUACCCUUCAUUUCCGGUUGCCAUUCAACCAUCUUAUAUCCAUAGUAGUUAUCUGGGUUUGCCAUAUGAGUUUGUGAGGACACAUCUUAACAAGCAGCGUUCAAGUAACGUAAUCCUUCAGAUUUUAGAUGGAAGCACUUGGCCAGUUAAUUUCAAAUAUGAUGGAACACCUCGAUUUCAGAAUGGUUGGUCAGUGUUUGCAAGGGAAAACAACCUGAAAGUUGGUGAUUUAUGUGUUUUUGAAUUGAUUAACCGCAAUGAACUUACAUUUGAAGUUGUCUUUUUCCGCGCCACAGAAGCUAAAAAGUGCUCCUCGUCAGCAGGCCAUGGAGGAGGAGCAAUUGAUCAAGUUGAAAUAAAGAGAAGGUCCAUAUGUAAAGUCAAAUCAGGUUAUGAAAAUGGAGAGUACACAAAGUUAAAGAUUUCUGAUCAGGUUACUCAAACGCCUACAUGUUUGAUGGCUUCAAGGGUUCUUGAAGCUGCCAACAAUUUCAUCCCAAAAAAUAAUCAGCUAUUAAUUUUAGAAUUUGUGCACCAUAACUAGGUUUGUAUAAUCAGCUAUUAAUUUAACUUGAAAUUGCCGCAUGUCUCCAACUGGUAAAUAAUCAGCUAUUAAUUUUAGAAUUUGUGCACCAUAACUAGGUUUGUAUAGGUUAGUUCCGUAAUGGAACUGUGGUCCGUUCUUCAAUAAUGAACUGACUGUUGAUUUGUCAUGGUAAUGAACUGGCGGAGGUCAGGUCGCCCAUAGCAUUAUUGUCAACAAAAUGUACGAACAUAUUAUCGAAUACAUUUUCAACAAUAUUGAUGCACUAUAAAGAAUGGACAUCCUGCACAACCUAUGUCUAACCAAAAAUUUUGGCCGAGGAAAUUUGAUGAUUAU